ACCGGAAGAGCGGCCGAGCCAACAUGGCUACAGAGAAGGGGGCCGGAAGUGGUGCCGCAGGCGGUAGCUUCACUGCUGCAGCCAUGGGGCGAGUUUUACGUGUGUUAUUGGUGCCAGUUCCCGCCGAGGCAACGGGGUGCCUGGGGGCCCGGGCGCAGCUGCACAAGGAGCAGGAGGUUCUGGGGAGCCUGACGGCUGCAGGCAGCCUUCAAGUGCUUUCCUUGGCGCCGGGAGGCCGGGGCGGGGGCGGCUGCCGCCUGGACGGCCCCUUUCGGCAUUUUGUAUGGGAAGAUUCUCAUAACAGCGGCACACCAACAGACAAGCCCAGACUGCUUGCUCUUAGUGACAGUUAUGAACUGCUCAUCUAUGAAUUUAAUUUGAAAAAUGGAAGAUGUGAUGCAACCAUUUUGUAUAGCUAUAGUGAGGAGACAUUGCAAAAGCUCAUUGAAGAUCAAAAUAUCAGUAUUUCCUUAUUAUCUUUGAGGAUUCUGUCAUUUCACAAUAACACAUCAUUAUUGUUCAUCAACAAAUGUAUCGUCCUACACAUUGUAUUUUCUGAGAGAGAUGCUGAGAUUAGAGUACUCAGCUGUUUCACAUUACCCUUGCCUGCACAGGCAGUGGAAAGGAUUAUUGACGUGCAGCUCUGCAGAGGAGUUCUUUUUCUUUUGAGUAGUUUAGGCUGGAUCUAUAUUUUUGACAUUGUGGAUGGUACACAUGUAGCUCAUGUGGACUUAGCACUUCACGAAGAAGAUAUGUAUAAUGAGCAGCAACAGGAGCCAGCCAAGAUUUCUUCCUUUACUUCACUGAAAGUGUCUCAAGACCUAGAUGUUGUAGUGAUUGUCAGCUCCUCCAACUCUGUGAUUGCUCUUAACUUAAAUUUGUAUUUCAGGAAGCACCCAGGACAUCUACUAUGUGAAAGAACUCUAGAAGACAUUCCUAUUGAAGGCCCUAAGGGGAUAGAUGAAGAUGAUCCUGCUAAUUCUGACUACAACAUGAAACUGACCAAGUUUUCUUUCCAAGUCAAUAGGUCUUGGAAAGCCCAGCUAUCGUCAUUGAAUGAAACAAUCAAGAGCUCCAAACUGGAGGUUUCCCAUUGUGCUCCAUGGUUCCAGGAUAUUUUGCACUUGGAGCCCCCUGAAUCUGGUAACUAUGGUACCAGUGUGCCAAGCUGGGCGUUCAUUCCACAGGGCAUAAUGGGCAGCCAGUAUAAUUUUCCACAGAAAGAUCACACCAAGACCAGUGAUCCAAGAAGAUCGUGGAAAAUAAUGCAUAUCAGUGAACAGGAGGAACCCAUCAAGCUUAAAUGUGUGUCUGUGACAGGAUUCACUGCACUGUUUACUUGGAAAGUGGAGAGGAUGGGCUGCACCAUUGUCCUUUGGGAUUUGGAGACCCAGGGCAUGCAGUGUUUUCCCCUUGGCAAAAAGUGUAUUCCUGUAGACCGUAGUGGAGACCAGCAAUUGUGCCUUGUUUUGACAGAAAAUGGACUUUCUCUGAUUUUGUUUGGUUUGACUCAAGAGGAGUUUUUAAAUAGACUAAUGAUCCAUGGAAGUGCCAGCACUGUGGACUCUCUUUGCCAUCUCAAUGGUUGGGGGAGGUGCUCAAUCCCCAUACAUGCACUAGAGGCUGGGAUAGAAAAUCGUCAGCUGGACACAGUAGAUUUCUUUUUGAAGAGCAAGGAAAAUCUUUUGAAUCCAUCCUCAAAAUCUUCUGUACCUGAUCAGCUUGAUCACUUUUCAUCCCAUUUAUAUUUGAGAAAUGUGGAAGAGCUGACACCAGCAUUGGAUUUACUUUGCUCAGCAAUUAGAGAAAGUGAUUCUGAAACCCAAAGCAAAAACUUUUCAGAACAAUUGCUUAAUCUUACACUGUCUUUCCUUAACAGACAAAUAAAGGAGCUUUUUAUUCACAAUGAAGAGCUAGAUGAACAUCUACAGAAAGGAGCGAACAUUCUGACCAGCUAUAUUAAUGAACUUCGAACCUUCAUGAUAAAGUUUCCUUGGAAGCUAACAGAUGCUGUAGAUGAAUAUGAUGUAAAUGAAAAUGUGCCCAGAGUAAAGGAGAGCAGUAUGUGGGAGAAACUCAGCACUGAGGAAGUUAUCACCAAUGCCAUUUUAAACAACAAAAUACCAGAGGCACAAACUUUCUUUAGGAUUAACUGUCAUUCUGCUCAAAGACUUGAGGAGCUGAUUAGAAUAGGCCUGGAUUUGGUCUUUGACAAUUUGAAAAAGAAUAAUAUAAAGGAAGCCUCUGAACUUUUGAAGAAUAUGGGCUUUGAUGUAAAAGACCAGUUGCUCAAGAUAUGCUUCUAUACAGCUGAUAAAAAUAUACGGGACUUUUUGGUUGAAAUUUUAAAAGAAAAAGAUUAUUUUUCUGAAAAAGAAAAAAGAACUAUAGACUUCGUGCAUCAAGUUGAGAAGUUUUAUUCAGGACAUUUCCAAGAAAAUACGCAGAUCCAGUCCUUUCCCAGGUAUUGGAUAAAGGAAGACGAUUUUUUCAAGCACAAAUCUGUUUUGGACUCGUUCCUGGAAUAUGAUCAUAAAGAUAAAUUUAACAAACAGGAUCAUAGAAUUGUGUUAAAUUGGGCCCAGUGGUGGAAUCAUAUAACACAAGAAUCUAUCCUUCUCCCCAGAAUAAGUCCAGAAGAAUACAAAUCAUAUUCUCCCGAAGCCCUCUGGAGAUACCUCACAGCUCGCCAUGAUUGGUUAAGCAUUAUCAUGUGGAUUGGAGAAUUUCAGACACAGAAUAGUUGUGCUUCACUUCAGCAGAACAAAUGGCCCCCUCUGACUGUUGAUGUUAUUGAUCACAAUACUUGCUGCAACAACUACAUGAGGAAUGAAAUUUUAGAUAAACUGGCCAGACCAGAACAGAAGCCUGAGGACACGGGAGUCUUCUGGAGCAACCCAUACAGGAAUGGGAUUUUUCUUACAUCUGAACUAGAAGACUUUGAACUCUUCCUCCUAAGACUGAACCGUAUUGGGGGUGUGAUGCAAGAUACCCUGCCUGUUCAAAACUACAGGUCCAAAGAAGGUUGGGAUUUCCAUUCUCACUUCAUUCUCUAUUGUUUGGAACACAGUCUGCAGUAUCUUCUUUAUGUCUAUCUCGACUGUUACAAACUUAGUCCUCCUAUUUGUCCCUUUUUGGAAAAAAAAGAAUUACAUGAAGCUCACUCUUGGUUUGAAUUUUUGGUUCAGUGUCGACAAGUUUCCAGUAAUUUAACAGAUCCCAAACUAAUGUUCCAGGCUAGCCUUGCAAAUGCUCGGAUCCUGAUUCCCAGCAACCAGGCCAGUGUAAGCAGUAUGCUAUUGGAAGGACAUACCCUCCUGGCCCUUGCUACCACAAUGUAUGCUCCUGGGGGUGUCAGCCAGGUUGUUCAGAAUGAAGAAAAUGAGAACUGUUUGAAGAAAGUAGAUCCCCAGCUACUGAAGAUGGCAUUAACUCCUUACCCCAAGCUAAAAACAGCUCUCUUCCCACAGUACACUGCCCCUAGUGUCCUGCCACCCGAUAUUACACUCUACCACCUUCUUCAGUCAUUAUUGCCCUUUGAUCCCAGUAGAUUGUUUGGCUGGCAGUCUGCCAACACUCUAGCUAUAGGAGAUGCAUCAAGUCAUCUCCCACAUUUCUCUAGCCCUGACUUGGUUAAUAAGUAUGCUAUAGUGGAACGUCUGAAUUUUGCUUAUUAUUUACAUCAUGGACGGCCAUCAUUUGCAUUUGGUACUUUUCUGGUCCAGGAAUUAACCAAGAGCAAGACUCCCAAGCAGCUGAUCCAGCAAAUAGGCAAUGAAGCCUAUGUUUUAGGGCUCUCCUCCUUCCACAUACCUUCAAUAGGAGCUGCCUGUGUUUGUUUCUUAGAAUUGCUUGGCCUCGACAGCCUCAAGCUCAGAGUUGAUAUGAAAGCGGCCAAUAUAAUUUUGAGUUACAAGUGUAGAAAUGAAGAUGCUCCAUACAGCUUUAUCAGAGAGUCUCUAGCUGAAAAACUGUCUAAACUGGCUGCGGGUGAAAAGGCAACCGUAGAAGAAUUGCUUGUUCUCUUAGAAGAAGGUGUAUGGAAUAGCAUUCAGCAGCAGGAAACAAAGAGAUUAUCCAGUGAAUCCAGCAGCCAAUGGGCAUUAGUGGUACAAUUCUGCAGGCUCCACAAUAUGAAACUGAGCACGUCUUACCUGACAGAAUGUGCCAAAGGAAAUGAUUGGUUACAGUUCAUUAUUCAUAGCCAACUCCAUAAUUACCACCCAGAGGAGGUGAAAUCUCUUCUCCAGUAUUUCAGCCCUGUCCUUCAAGACCACUUACGGCUGGCUUUUGAGAAUUUACCCUCAGCGUCCAACUCCGGAAUGGAUAAUGAUCAAGUCUACAACAAGUCCCCCCAGGAACUCCAGAGAAACAAAGAAAGGAUGACUGAUUUCUUUAAAAUUCUGCUGCAGUGCCCAGAGGAGCCAAACUCCUGGUGUUGGCUCCUGGCUGAAGCAGUGAAACAACAGGCCCCUAUCCUUAGUGUUCUGGCCUCAUGUCUGCAGGAUGCCAGUACUAUUCCUUGUCUGUGUGUUUGGAUCAUCACUUCUGUGGAGGACAGUGUUGCAGCUGAAGCAAUGGGACACAUUCAGGGCUCACUGGAGGGCCACACUUGGGACCUUGAGGACCUCUCAGUCAUCUGGAGAAUGUUAUUAUCAAGGCAGAAGAGCAAAACUCUCAUCAGAGGUUUCCAGCUUUUCUUUAAGGAUUCCCCGUUACUAUUGAUGAUGGAGAUGUAUGAACUGUGUAUGUUCUUCAAGAAUUAUAAGGAAGCCGAAGCUAAACUAUUGGAGUUCCAGAAGAAUCUUGAAACUCUUGAAACAGCAGCCACAAGGGUCCACACUAUCAUCCCUGCCCCAUGGCUGAAGGAGCAGGUGUGUUUUCUUUUGAAGCUUAUGUUGCAGCAAUGUAGGACCCAGUAUGAGCUGGGGAAGCUUUUACAACUGUUUGUUGGAGUAGAGCAUCUCUUCCCUGAUGGUCCAGAUGUAAAGAAGCUGUGUGUCCUUAGCCAAAUUUUGAAAGAUACGUCCAUAGCCAUUAACCAUGUGAUUAUUACCAGCUACAGCCUUGAGAAUUUUCAGCAUGAAUGUAGAUCUAUCUUGGAAAAACUGGAGGCAGAUGGACAGUUUGCUUUGGCCAAGAGGGUAGCGGAAUUAGCUGAGUUACCUGUGGACAACUUGGUUAUUGAAGAGAUAACACAGGAAAUGCAGACCUUAAAACAUAUUGACCAGUGGUCCCUGAAACAAGCAAAAAUUGACUUCUGGAAAAAAUGCCAUGAGAGUUUUAAGAAAAAUUCCAUUUCAAGCAAAGCAGCUUCUUCCUUUUUCUCAGCCCAGGCCCUUGUGGCAUGUGAGUACUCAACUGUGGAGGGACAGAGCAGCAUUGAGGAACGCCAUCUACUGCUCACCCUGGCAGGGCACUGGCUUGCUCAGGAGGACCUGGUGCCUGUCGACAAGCUGGAGGAGCUGGAGACGCAGAUCUGGCUCUGCCGCAUCACCCAGCACACCCUCAGAGGAAACCAGGAGGAAAUAGAGCCCAGAUUUUCUCAGCAGAUCUCAACUAGUGGGGAACUUUCCUUUGAUAGCUUAGCCAGUGAGUUUUCAUUCUCCAAGUUGGCUGCUCUGAACACAUCAAAAUACUUAGAACUUAAUGGCCUUCCAUCCAAAGAGACUUGUGAGAAUAGACUGGAUUGGAAUGAGCAGGAGUCACUAAACUUUUUGAUUGGGUGCCUAUUGGAUGAUGGCUGUGUGCAUGAAGCAAGUAGAGUGUGCCGAUAUUUUCAUUUCUAUAACCAAGAUGUUGUCUUGGUAUUGCACUGUAGAGCACUGGCUUCUGGGGAAGCUAGUGUGGAUGACCUGCAUCCAGAGGUCCAUGCUCUCCUACAAAGUGCUGAGCUGCUUCAGGAAGAAGAAGAACCUGGCAUUCCUCUAAAGAAAGUCCAAAGCACUUCAAGUUUGGAUAGUCAGUCAUUUGUGAUGCUGCCCCCCAGUGAUGAAGUGGUGACUAAUCUGGAAACUCUGACAAGCAGAUGCCUCCAUGGGAAGAACUACUGCCGGCAGGUCCUCUGUCUGUAUGAACUUGCCAAGGAGUUGGGCUGUUCCUAUACAGAUGUGGCCGCCCAGGAUGGUGAGGCCAUGCUCCGCACAAUCUUGGCCUCUCAGCAGCCUGACAGAUGCAAGCGAGCCGAAGCCUUCAUCAGCACCCAGGGCCUCAAGCCAGACACGGUGGCUGAACUUGUGGCCGAAGAGGUGACCCGGGAGUUGCUGACCCCAUCAGAAGGAGCAGGACAUAAGCAGAUAUUCAGCCCAGCAGAGGAAAGCCAGACUUUUCUUCAACUGACCACUUUGUGUCAAGACCGCACAUUGGUAGGCAUGAAGUUGUUGGAUAAGAUUUCCUCCGUUCCCCAUGGGGAAUUGUCUUGCACCACAGAGCUGCUGAUCCUGGCCCAUCACUGCUUCACGCUGACAUGCCACAUGGAGGGCAUCAUCCGAGUCUUGCAGGCUGCUCGGCUGCUCACAGACAACCACUUGGCCCCCAACGAAGAGUACGGACUGGUGGUGCGUCUCCUCACGGGCAUUGGAAGGUACAAUGAGAUGACAUACAUAUUUGAUUUGCUGCAUAAAAAGCACUACUUUGAAGUGCUGAUGAGGAAGAAGUUGGAUCCGAGUGGUACCCUGAAGACAGCCCUACUCGACUACAUCAAACGCUGCCGCCCUGGGGACAGUGAGAAGCACAACAUGAUUGCCCUGUGCUUCAGCAUGUGCCGUGAGAUCGGGGAGAACCAUGAGGCAGCUGCCUGCAUCCAACUGAAAUUGAUUGAGUCUCAGCCCUGGGAGGACAGCCUCAAGGAUGGGCACCAACUGAAGCAGCUGCUGCUGAAGGCCCUGACUCUCAUGCUGGAUGCAGCAGAGAGUUAUGCCAAGGACUCCUGCGUGCGACAGGCCCUGCGCUGUCACCGGCUCACCAAGUUGAUAACACUGCAGAUUCACUUUCUGAACACUGGCCAGAACACAAUGCUCAUCAACCUGGGCCGCCACAGACUGAUGGACUGUAUCAUGGCCCUCCCUCGGUUCUACCAGGCUUCUAUUGUGGCGGAGGCCUAUGACUUUGUUCCUGAUUGGGCUGAAAUUCUAUACCAACAAGUGAUUCUUAAAGGAGACUUUAAUUACUUGGAAGAAUUUAAGCAGCAAAGGUUAUUAAGAUCCAAUAUAUUUGAAGAGAUUUCAAAAAAAUGUAAACAACAUCAGCCUACCGACACAGUUGUGAAAAACCUCAAGAAGUUACUCACAUAUUGUGAAGAUGUCUACUUGUAUUACAAGCUAGCAUACGAACACAAAUUUUAUGAUAUUGUAAAUGUGCUUCUGAAGGACGCUCAGACAGGUUGCUGUUUAAAGGACAUGCUAGCAGGUUAGAUGGAUUCAGAUGACACGAGGGUGGUUACUGCCAAGAUUUCUUAGGUGCCUGUUUUCAUGUACUGAAAUGAGGUACUGACAAAUAUUUGUGAUCAGAGUAGCAUAAUGCGUUAGGGAUCUUUGUUGUCCGAGUUGUAAAAACCCCAGGACUGAUCAUACCAGUCCUUUGUGAAUAAUGGGUAAAGAAUGAGAGAAUUUUCACAAGGAAAUUCCUAUUUAAA